AAUUUGCUCGGUUAGUCGGUUGGGAGUCAACGUGCAAACAUGGCCGCAAGUUCACGAGAUAUCAUUGUCAAAGAAGAAGAGGAACAAGAUGAUACCCUAGACUAUUCAGAAGACAGUCUUCGUCAAAAAACGACCGUAACUGCCAUUGGAAAAGUUAAAACCUUUGCAGGUCUUGAGGUGGUUGAGUGGAUAUUUCUUACCAUUUCAGUCAUAAAUGUGCUUGUUGCAAUUGGACUCACCAUAGACAGAUUAGUGGAGCUUGAGAAAAACAAACCAGACUACACCUUUGCCAUCAUCCUCUUCAUUAACAUAAUUUUCUGUUUCUUCUAUGCUGUCCAUGGAAUAUUGAGAGAGAGAGAAUUUGAAUUGUAUGCUUAUAUUGCGGGUAUUGUUGUUCUUCUGAGCUAUAUUUGUAUUGAUCUCAUUGUCAACGAGAAAAAAAAAAGGACUACUCUGAAAUGGAUCAGGUUUGGAGCAAUUUUAGUCCUUGGCCCUCCAAACAUUUAUUUUGGCUUCAGAGUUGCUCGGGAUUUUGGUUUUUUAGCCUUCAAGGUGGUGGGAGCCUCAGAAUCAUUACACAGGAUGUACAGAUAUGCGGGAAUGUUUUCCUGUCUUCUGAAAUUUGACCUUCAACUUGCGGUUAGCCUGGCCAUUUUUGUGAUCUACAAUGUGAAAGAUCUUGUUGUUGGGGAUAAAAUUACAGUGGGUGUUGGUAUCCCGCUCCAGUUAGCUUGGAGCAUCUUGGGUUGGUUUGCGAUGAGAAAAGAACGAAUGAUACUAGUGCAGUUCUUCAUCCCUCUAAGCUUUGUGGAACCUUGCUACUUAAUCUACAAAAUAUAUAAGGUGGCAAACAAAUGGGAUGAUGUCACUGCUUGUGGUAAAGAUGUUCUUGUUUACUCUUUCUUGGGGGCAGCUUCAUUGGCAUUUAUUGUGCGAGUGCUGGUUUUGGUCGCUCUGAACUUUGUUGUGAACAACUUUGGAAAAGGACUGAAAGAGAUUGUGUUUAACCUGUCAGUGACAGGAGAUGAGUCUCCAAUGUUUCCAAGAAAAAGAAAGACAGCAAAGUGUUGUGGAAUAGUUUUCUGUGGGCCAUUUGGAUGAGAAACUAAGAUGGGAAUUCCUUGCAAAGGACAAGAAAACUUCAUUUAACCCUUUAACUCACAUGAGUGACCAAAACAGAAUUUCUCCUUACAAUAUCAAUACAAUAUCAACCAGAUAAGUGAUGAGAAUAAAGGAAAAUAUCAAUUUAAGGAUAAUUAAGUGAUAUAAUACUAAAUUCUCUGAACUAACCCCAUAAGAAUUGUAUGGUUGACUGUAAGGAGAAUGACAAAUUUGAUCUGGGAGUUAAAGGGCUAAUUAGUAUUAAUAAUAGAGAUGUAGCUUGUAAACUCAUGGAGUGUAAUUUAAAUUUUACCCUGCAAGCCUUAAGCUUGUAUCACCCAUGCUUGUGACAAGACAAAAAAAAUCUCUCUAUUUCUUUAUCAAUCUCAAAACUGACCAUCUCUCUUAUUCUCUUUACAAACAUGACGAUAUCAACAUUGCUUAUCUUAGCAGUAUGCAGGACAUGUGUCUAUUACUUCUUAACAGGCCUCAAUCAUCAUAGUCUCUGUGGCUCGGUGGUAGAGCAUCAGAAUGUGGAAUCUGAAGGUCUGAGGUUCAAUUCCUCAUGGGGACUCAGAUUCUUGUCGUGACAAGAUGAAAAAACAUCUUUCUCUAUUUCUUACCAAGCUCAAAACUUACCAUCUCACUUAUUCUAUUUACGAGCCUUAAGCUGUGAAAGUAUAAAAAAAACCAACUUGUCAGAGUAGGGUUCACUUUGUGUAGAGUUAUGAAAAUUUAACAUUUUUUAUUCAAAACCUUUGUCCAAUUGGAUUGGUGGUUAAUACUCUUGAAAUUCAACUUUAGAUGGUACUCAGUAUUCAUAUACCACUGAUCAUAUAUCCUAUUUAACAGUAUUAAUUAGUUGAUUAGAAGGAAUUCAAUCUUAGUUACCCCUUGAGUUUCUGUUUUGGUAAUUAAGUUCAGCUCCCAGCAUGUAGAGCAGCUUUUUAAUGCUCAAUCAUUCUAAACUGAUCAUGCUUGUAAUGCAAAGGUAUUAAAAUACCAACUAGUCAGAGUAGAGUACACUUUGUGUAGGGUUAUAAAAAUUUAACUUUUUUCAUUCAAGACCUUUGUCAAAUUGGAUAGGUGGUUAAUACUGUUGAAAUUCAACUUUAGAUGGUACUCAGUAUUCAUAUGUCACUGAUCAUAU